GCAUGGUCAACUCCUCCUACCACAAUGCCACAGUUGACUGAAGCGUCUAGCGUUGCAUUGCAGCUUCCAUCCUUCAGUCGUCCAGACACGACGCUAGACUCUGGACGCUAGCAGUGCGCUACUUCCGACGCUAGAUCGCUAUAACCGACGCUAGUUCGGUGUUGACGCUAGUUAGCUCCGCUUUUCCCACACAUUUUUCAACAUUUUCCAACUCUGAGAUCAAUUUAAUUCUCAAUUCGCGGUUAUCAACAAUUUCAUUUUCAUAAUUUUUGUAGAAACUGAUUGGUUUGUUUUUCUAUCAAAAAUUAUUCAGUUCAAAACAAGUAUUUUUGGAAAAAGAUUCAUUUUUGAAAGAGAUUCUUUGCUGGGUAGUUACGUGGAAUCGGUCUAUUUUGGAUAAAUUUCGAAUCAAUUGAAGAUUUCCUUCUGAAUCGUAGAAACCAACGACUUCAAGAUGCCUAUCAUUGAGUCUUAUAUGAAAUCAGAUUGUGCAAAUCUGGCCAAUAACAGCGUGGCUGACAUGAAGGUGGAGCCAAUCACAGCCGAGGAGGAGUACAUGAAAAAUCCCGAUCUGAAAAAGGAGGAAAUUGCCGAAUUGAAAAAGUGGAUGAAAACACAGCCUCAUCUACCUCAGAAUGUCACUGAUGAGCAGCUCAUCCUUUUCCAUCACAGUUGCUACUAUGACAUGGAUGCCACAAAGGCCUGCAUUGAAGUGUAUUACACCACCCGCACCAACACUCCUGAGUUUUUCGGAAACAGAGAUAUUCUCAGACCAGAACUCCAGCAUGCACUCAAAGUUUUACACUACAACUGCCUGCCAGUGAAAGACCCGAACGGCUACCAGAUUAUCUACCACAAGCUGCAGCAGUUUGAGGCGGGCAAGUACACAUUCAAUGACGGCGUGAAGGUGCUGUCGAUGGCUAUCGACGCCUGUCUCAGUGUGGAGGGAACGGUGCCUGGCUACAUUUUCCUAUUCGACAUGAAAGGCGUCAGGCUCGGCCAUCUCACCAGGCUCAGCAUUUCCUCACUCAGAAAGUUCUUCCUCUAUUUGCAGGAGGGAAUGCCAGUCAGGCUGAAGGCUAUCCACGUACUGAACACCCAUUCACUUAUUGACAAAAUACUGAUGCUAGUGAGGCCAUUCAUGAAGAAAGAACUGAUGAAGAUGAUUCACUUCCACACAGACUUGCAACCAGUCUACGAGGCGCUAUCCACCAAGUGCUUGCAAAAGGAGUAUGGUGGUGAGCUCGAGUCCAUAGAUGAACUCCAUGAAAAAUUUGAAUCCUGGAUGAAGAGCCUGCGACCAUACUUCAAAGAUGAAGAGAAAUUCAGGAAUGACGAAAAGAAACGAAUUACUGAUAAGAAAGGAAAGCACGCUUAUCAGGAACAAGACCUUUCGCUACAAAAUCUUUGCAUAGAUUAAGUUUGAAAUCAAAAAUGUUCUCUGAUAUUACUAGCCUAUAAGUUUAUCCUCCUAGUAUAUAGUUCUGAGUUAAGUUGAAGAUCAAGAAAUAUGCAAGGAUAAGAUCUUUCCUAAAAUAAAUUCGUAUGACAGCUGUAUCCAAAUUGACCAAUAGUGUAUUGCUAUUACUAUAUUACUAUUGUUUUCCAAUACUUUUAUACUCAUGGCUGGUCUGUAUAAUAGCCAUGGUAAAAUGUUCUCAACUUGAAUAUCUGUACGAAUUUUGCAAAGUAGAGAAGUUGAAAUCUGUCAAAUUCUGAUGCUCUUCUGCUCAAAAUACUGUGAUUAUUAUUGAUUAGUUAGUUAUGAUUGUAAUAUUUAAUUUUUUUUCAAAAUGUUUACUACUUCAACACAAAUAGGAUAAUGAAAAUUAAAUUUUAUAAUUAAGCCUAGAUUUAUUCUAAGAAAUAAUUUUCAAUAUUACAUAAAUCCCACGGGGAUGAUUAUCCAAUUGGUAAUAAUUUGUUGAAUUAGUGGAAGGUUAAGUUAAUUUGACUCUAACUUACUUGAUAAAAAUCCAACUAAUUAUUAAAUUCAGAUCUGUAUUGUUAUGUUGAAUGAAAUUGUUGAAAGCUGCGAGUAAAAGUUAGAAAUCUUGGAAGAAGUUGAUUCUUGGAUUAUACAUAGAUAGACCAACAUAUAGAUAUAAUUUUGAAGUUUCAAAAAUGGUAUUUUGUACUUAAUAGUAUAGUUCCAUAGCUAGAAAUGUAUAUUUAUUAUGAUGUAAAUUUCUUGUAUAAGUUGAAAUAAAAUGAUUGAAAAUCAA